UCCGCGGGGGGCGUCCGGCUGUCCCGCACCUUCACGCGCCCGUGACACAGACGGACACUCGCGCUCAGCACAGAACAGUAACGGGCGCGCGCAGCUUCUGCAUUCCCCGGUCUGUCUUAUUUCCGCGGAUCCGCCGAAGGUCUGCGUUGUUGUCGUUACCGACGCGCUUGGAAACAGCCGCGAUAGUUACGGCGGCCCGUGCAUGGAUGCAUCAUGUCUUCGUUUGUGUGCCGGGUUCAGUUUUUAGACGACACCGAUCCGUUCAACAGCACCAAUUUCCCGGAACCGACCAGACCUCCUCUCUACACCUUCAGAGAAGAUAUUCCUCUCAUCAAUCAGAUCGCAGGAGUGCACAGACUCCUCAAAGCUCCUCACAAGCUCGAUGACUGCGCUCUGCAGCUCUCACACACCGGUGUGUAUCUGGAUCUGGAGUCGACGCUGGACGAGCAGAGAGAUGAACUGGAGGGAUUUCAGCAGGACGACUGCGGAGGGAGGGGGAAGAAGCACAGUGUGGUUUUACGGACUCAGCUGAGCGUCCGUGUUCACGCGUGUAUCGAGAAGCUGUAUAACUCAAAUGGCCGUGACCUGAGGAGGGCGCUGUUUUCCCUCAAGCAGAUAUUCCAGGACGAUAAGGACCUGGUGCAUGAGUUCGUGAUGGCUGAAGGUCUCACGUGUUUGAUCAAGGUCGGCGCUGAAGCGGAUCAGAACUACCAGAACUACAUCCUCAGAGCGCUCGGUCAGAUCAUGCUGUAUGUGGACGGGAUGAAUGGGGUCAUAGGUCACCCCGAGACCAUCGAGUGGCUCUACCUGCUCAUCGGCUCAAAGUUUCGUCUGGUGGUGAAGACGUGUCUGAAGCUGCUGCUGGUGUUUGUGGAGUAUUCAGAGUCCAACGCUGCGCUGCUCAUCCAGGCCAUCAGCGCGGUGGACACUCAGAGAGGCUGUAAGCAGUGGUCAAACGCGAUGGAGAUUUUAGCGGAGAAGGACGGUGUGGACACAGAGCUGCUGGUGUAUGUGAUGACCCUCAUCAACAAGACGCUGGCGGCGCUGCCCGAUCAGGACUCCUUCUAUGACAUGGUGGAUGUUCUGGAGGAGCAGGGCAUGGAGAACGUGUCCCAGCGCUAUCUGGGCCGCAAGGGAACCGACCUGGACCUGCUGGAGCAGCUCAACAUCUAUGAGGCGACUCUUCGUCACGAGGACGGUGAUGAGGAUGGUCUGCCUCCGUCCUGCGCUCGGCGGGACAGACGGCGCUCCAGCGUCGGCCCAGGAGAGAGGCGGGGCUUGGAGAGACGCCGCAGUCGCAGGCAUUCAUUGGGCAGGUCAGGCCACGCCUCCCCGCUCAGCCCCGCCUCCCCACACCGCUCAAAGUUUAACGGACAGGAGAUCAACGAGAGGUCAUUUUCUGCUGUGAGUUCUCCAUCUACACCAAACAAACAACAGAACGAACGGCCUGCUCUCGGCGGCCUCAUCUCCUCCUCGUACCGGCAGCAUCAGGAGUCUCUGGCCGCGGAGAGAGAGAGACGGCGUGUGGAGCGAGAGGAGCGACUGCAGAGGAUCGAGAGAGAGGAGCGCAAUCGACAGAGUCGGGACUAUGUGUCGAACAUGGAGGAGGCCAGACACGCUCGAGAGGAGAGGUUUAAGACGGCGGAGCGACUGGCCGCGGAGGAGUUCGAGCGAGAGCGACUGCGUUCAGCACCUCGAGGUCUCAGCCUCACUCUGAGCCCGACGGACACCUGUCAAUCAUCCCGCAGCGACACGCCCUCCCCUGUGACAUCACAGGAUGAGCAGGACACACCGGUCACGUCGUACCCGCCCUCUGAACCAGACACUAAUGAUCUAGAACCGGAUGUGGAGGCGAGUCUAGAACCGGAGGAGAAGCUUACAGAACCCAGAGAAGAACCGGAAGAGGAAGUGGAGGAGAUUAGUGCCGAACAGGAAGUGGGCGGGGCCGAGGAGCAGGUUGCAGAGGAAGAGGAAGAGGAGGGGUCUGAACGGGAAGCGCCGGACGGAGAGGCGGAGGACAGCGGGAUCUUGAGUGAUAAAGAACGACAGAACGAAGAAGUAAACGAGAAGGAUAACUGCUCUGCCUCCAGCAUAUCUUCAGCCAGCAGCACACUAGAAAGGGAAGAUCGACUCAGUGCAGGUGCAGAGACAGCAGGUCAGUGGCCUGUGAAUGACCAGCGAAACAAGAUCCUCGACAGCAAACUCUUCAUGCUGGACAUGCUCUACUCACAGAGCAAAAAACCCUCGGAGGAAGACGAGGAAGAAGAGGAGCUGGGCGAGGACAAAGAGCGAGACGGAAAUGAGAAAGAGCAGGCUGAGGAUUCGUCCGUGUCGACGCAGGACACAACGGCACAGGAAGAGAACGUCUGUACGACUGAAGGAGAAAAGAAAGUGGAGAACCAGAGCAAUGUACGGGCGUUCGCCGAGCGCUUUGGAGAUCUGGUAAAAGGUCUCACUUCUCCACCAAUAGAAACGCAGGAACCUCCUCCACAACCUCCUCCGCCACCUCCGAAAAAGGAGUCGGACUGCAUAUGGGACCAGCUGAUGGCGAGUCCGCGGGAUCUGCGCAUCGGUGACAUCGACUUCACCGAUCUCGGAGACGAGGAUGAUCAGGACGUCCUGGACUCCGGAAGUUUAUUGAGCUCUGGAGAUCUGCUGGCUCCGCCUCCUCCUCCACCCUGUCCAUUUAACCUCCCGGCCCCGCCCCCAAUGUUCGCCUGCCCUCCGCCCCCUCCCGUCUUCAGCAUCCGCAUGCCUCCCCCUCCGUGCUUCUCCAACCAGGCUCCGCCCCCUCCUCAGCAGCAGGCGGAGCAACCGCCGCUCUUCCAGAAGAAGAAGAAGACCAUCAGGCUGUUCUGGAGCGAAGUCCGGCCCGCCGACUGGAUCUUCCGCAACCACAAACGGAGCCAAGAGUCGCUCUGGUCCAGACUUGAACCUGUCAAACUUGACACCUCUAAACUUGAGCAUCUGUUUGAGAGCAAAUCCAAGGAGAUGCCCGCGGCUAAGAAAACCGCAGCAGAUGGGAAGCGCCAGGAGAUUAUUGUUCUGGAUUCCAAACGCAGCAACUCCAUCAACAUCGGCCUGACGGUUCUUCCGCCACCGCGCACCAUCAAAACUGCCAUACUGAACUUUGACGAGUAUGCGCUCAACAAAGAGGGCAUCGAGAAAAUCCUGACGAUGAUUCCCACAGAAGAAGAGACGCAGAAGAUCCAGGAAGCUCAGCUGGCGAAUCCUGACAUUCCGCUGGGCAGCGCGGAGCAGUUCCUCCUGACGCUGUCCUCCAUCAGCGAGCUCUCGGCGCGCCUGCAGCUCUGGGCCUUCAAACUCGACUAUGAAGCCACGGAGAAGGAAGUGGCUGAGCCACUACAGGACCUGAAGGAGGGCAUGGAUCAGCUGGAGAAAAACAAAACUCUGCGGUUUAUCCUGUCCACUCUGCUGGCGAUUGGAAACUUCCUGAAUGGCACAAACGCUAAAGGCUUCGAUCUGAGCUAUCUGGAGAAGGUUCCUGAAGUGAAGGACACGGUCCAUAAACAGUCUCUCCUGCAUCACGUCUGCAGUCUCGUGGUGGAGAACUUCCCCGAGAGCACGGACCUGUACUCGGAGAUCGGAGCCGUCACACGCUCCGCCAAGGUGGAUUUUGAGCAGCUGCAGGAGAGCCUGACUCAGAUGGAGUGGCGCUGCAAAGCAUCAUGGGACCACCUGAAAGUCAUCGCAAAGCACGAGAUGAAGCCGGUGCUGAAGCAGAAGAUGUCGGACUUCCUGAAGGACUGCGCCGAGAGGAUCAUCAUCCUCAAAAUAGUCCACCGCAGAAUCAUGAACAGGUUUCAUUCGUUCCUGCUGUUCCUGGGUCAUCCGGCCUACAGCGUUCGGGAAAUCAGCGUGACUCGCUUCAGCAAGAUCAUCAGCGAGUUCGCGCUGGAGUACCGGACCACACGCGACCGCGUCCUGCAGCAGAAACAGAAGCGGGCCGACCACAGAGAGAGGAACAAGACGCGCGGCAAGAUGAUCACGGACAUCAACACACAGACGGAUGAUGAAGAGGACAGUGAGGCGGGUCGUGUGUGUGUGAGCAGCAGCAGCGCUCCUCCCGUAGGGCCGCAGACGGAGCCGCAGGGUUUGAGUCACGCUGAAGAAGCGGCCGAACACGAGCAGAUGAAGGCCGUGCUGAAGACCAGCCUGCAGAGCAGCGACAGCGACAGCACCGUGGUGCCGGGCCUGCGGACACGCAUACGCACACGAGCCAGCAGAGGUCGAACCCCAUUAGCAGCUGCGAACGAAGAGUCCCAGUGUGGGACAGAUGACGCUGCCGACGAGAUCAUGGAGAGGAUUGUGCGUUCAGCCACUCAAUGUCCCAGAGAAAGAGCGCAACCCCGUGAACGACGACGCUCACGCGCAAACCGAAAAUCAUUGAGAAGGACUCUGAAGGGCGGUCUGACCCCAGAAGAAGCCCAGGCGCUGGGAUUCGACACAUCGGAGAUGCCGGUGUAACGGGACGUCCCGACUGAACCACACUGACGCUUUUACCUUCAGCAGAACUCACCUCAGGACAACAGAAUACCCAAGAUACCAGAGUAAAACCAUCUGUCUAAUGAAACGGCUGAUCAUAUAUUGAGCUACGCUCCCUCUGCUCCGCCUCCUUUAUAUGCGUUUCAUUCUAAGCCACGCCCUCUCAUUACAUCGCACCUCACCAGCCAAUCACAGGCCUGCACUGUGACUUUUUAAAAUCCCUUUAAAAAGACGUCAAACAAAAGGUGAGAAUAUGUUUUUACCCCCGACUGAACACUAACUCAGGGUUUUGACUGUAUUCUUCAUUUUAACUAUUUUUAUUUAAAUCUCAUCUCAAAUAGAAAACAGAGGAGUGAUGAAAUGAAAUCACUUUGUUUGCAUCAGUCAGUUCAGUAAAAUUGUUUUAAUCAGGCUGUGGUCUGAUACUUUGGUUUAUUUAUUGUAAAAUGUAUAAGAUAAGAGCAUUAAAUAUGUUUAUUUUUCCGGUUUCGGACUGUGAAACAGCUUUAAAACACAGACUCGGACGUUUCCACCAUUGGAGUUUAUAAAAAUAUUGUUGAGUUUUAUAUCUUUUGCCAUAUUUUGCCAUAUUCUGGUAUGUUUUAAAUGACGUGGGUCUUUGAUUUUUGAAAAAUGACCCGUUUUAUGACGGCAAAAUGCUGCGAAUCCACUGCUGCCGUUUCUUGUUUUGGUCUCCUGGUUUCUGUAGGUGUCUUUCGGUUCAGAGUGUGUUAUAGUAGAUUUCAAUGUGCCUUUGACACAGAAGGAACUAGAAUAAUAAACUCAUUCAUGUGGUUUGGCCAAACCUAAGGAUUCGUUGCAUCGUACGGUAGAGCUGCGCGAUUAAUAAUUAAAAGAUGGCGAUCUUGAUUCAAACACCCAUGCGAUCUGAUUCGUAAAUGACAAUCAUUCUGCUGUGAAACAAGUGAAGUAUUUAUGAGUGAAUCAUUGAAUCAUUCACUCAAGAUAUUUGUUUAAAAAUGCUGAUUCAUCCAGUAAUGAAACAAGUGAAGUAUUUAUGAGUGAAUCAUUGAAUCAUUCACACAAGAGAUUUGUUAAAAAACGCUGAUUCUUUCAGUAAUUAAACAAGUAUUUUCAUUCACUUGAGAUUCUUUCAAAAACGCUGAUUCUUC